GCUAAGUCUGACAUACGCAUGUUUCAUGAUAAGAAACGAUAGGUGUUUGACCGUCAAGCAAAGAAAUUAUAAUUUAAUUGUAGUUAGUGAUAUCGUUGAAGAAUUAGGGGUUAUGAAAUUAAAUCAAAUUAUAAUCUAUAACCCGGUUUCUGUAGAGUGAUUCAAGUGGAAAUUGAAAAUCAGGAUUAUCCGAAUUCAUUUCUGUACUUUACAAUUUUAUUCUCUUACUAUGCAUUCUUUCAAUUUAAUGAAAGCUAUAUUUUAACAAAUUUUUUAUUUUAUUAUUUUAUUUUACGAAGCGAAAGGUCAAUUAUAAAUAUUUCGCGCUAACAGCGCAUCAAAACGUGAAACAAAAAUCGGAGCGGCAGAGUUUAAAUGAAAGCUCAAAUGCGGCAUCUUUUUAGUUCUCGUAUUAGAAAUCAAAAUUUGCUAUUAUUGAAUUAUCGAACAAUAGAAAAAGAUAUACUAUAAAUUUAUUUUGUGCCAAAAAUUUAUUGUUGAUUUAUUUAGUGAACCAAUGUUGUACAUUUUCAAUGUAUUCUGAGUUCUUAAAAAGUAUCUCCAGACAAAUGUAUCAAAAAAUAGUCAGUCUGGAUGAUCAUGGAUGUUGACUACACAGUAGUCAGUUUAAAACGAUCUAAUAGUGCACCCAUGAUCAAUAAGAUCACUGCAACAAUGUCUGUAACAUCACCUUCCGCUUCUGCACCAAGGAAUGUUCCUUCAAAUUUUAACAUAUUUUCAAAUUCACCUCGUAUACGACGCUUCAGCACUAGUAAUUCUGGAACUGUUCCUAGAUUAACACCACGUGUAAGUCAAUUGAGACAAGAAGAAUGUAUUGAUGUUGCUGGCCGUGAAGCAGCACAUGAAAAAGAAAUACAUAGUGCCAUGCAGAUCUCUCAAUCAUGGGAAGAUCUUACUAUAGAAGCUGAAGGAUUGUCUUUUAAAGAUUCAGAAUCAGCUUCAUUGCAAUUCAAAAUAGAAUCACGACCAAUUACUAAACGAAUUCUUGAUCCAUUGAGCAUCAAUUUAUCUGUAAGUGGUCCAACUAUGUAUUCUUCACCAUCACCAACAAGAACUGGUUUUGGUCAAAGACAAUGCUAUUCACCUGGUGUUCAUGCAGCUACAUGGAAGAAUAAUUUAUCACCUAGUCCCACUAGAAAAGCUUUUGCUACAAGACGAAGUCUAAGUCCUAUUGCAAUUCGACCAAGUUGUUUAGCAUCAGUUAAGAGAAAAUUUGAAUUAGAUGAUUCUGGAAUGGAUCAAUUACAACGUCCUGCAAAACGUAUUUCUGGUUUGUUAACUUCUGCUGCAUCUAGAUUGGAUGUGGCAAUAUCUAGUCUACAUCCAGGAACUAUUAGUUCAGCUGGAACUCCAGAAUCUUGUUCCAGUCUUGAUUCUCUUGGUUUUUCUUUCCGACCUGUGCAUAGUCCGUCACCCGGUUCAGGUGUUUCUUCAAUUGUUAAUGAUGAUCCAUCUUCCUCAUCAUCUUCGUCUUCCUCAUCUUCUUCCAUUAUCUCUUCUUGCACCACUAUUUCAUCAGAGGGAUCAAAUAUACAAGCCAAAACUUUUAAAGAUAUACAAGAUAAACUGACUUCACAAGAAAAUAAUGAAUAAAAAAGUAUCUAAGAUAGAUUACUCUAAAAGAGGAACAUGCAUCAUUAAAACGAUAAACUUAUUCUUGUAAUACAAUAAUAGUAAAAAGUAAUCAUUAGAGCGACUAAAUUUACAUAUUAAAUUUAUUGAUAGAUCGUUUUUUCACAUUUAAUAUCUAUUUGCAUUCGGAUCAUUUCUAUUUAUUAAUUUUUUUAUUGU